AUGCAUGCACCGUCAACUGGCAAAACCGCCGCGACGCCGUUGCUGUUACCGCUGCCGUUGCCGAUGUUGCAUGACUCAUUCGUGAAUAAGGUGCUUGAGCUAGCCAAGAGUCAUCCCACAGUGUGGGGCAUCGGUGUCUACUGUAAAUUUGGCAAGCCCAAGUCCCAGGACUCUGCGGCAUCUGCAGCCGCUGCGCAGGCUAAGAAAACAGAUGAACCACAGCCCGAUGAUGAGAAUGAGCCAGCUGGCGAGGAGGAUGAGAGCGAGGAAGAUUCAUCAGCCCAGGUGGCUGGUGAAAGCAGCAGCAGUAGCCCCAAAAAGAAUAAAAAGUCUGAUUUAGAUAAUAAAGAGCAAGCGAAGCAGGAAGAGAACAGUGACGAGCCUACACAGACUGAGGAAUCCACUACAAAAUCCACUCGCAAACGCACGGUGCGCAAGGAUUAAAGAGGGGAAUCGCAUCAGCCUCAGUUCGCAUUCUUGAAACUUAACCUAAUUCCAAACUGCAAUUGAAAACAAAAACUAAAACUUACUAGAAAGAAGAACAAAUAGAGUGUACCAAACAGCUCGUCAUGUUUACCAAUUCAUCAACACACACACAUAAGCAUACACACUCAGUUCCGUAAAAUCGCAUAACACCCACGAUUCACGUACACAGCAUGAUGCCUCAUACCAAAACUAUUUGUUGGUAGUUCACAUACAGCUGCUAAUUUAAUAAACCAGUUUAUGUGGUUCGUUCGGUUUAGUUUUCUUAAAUUACACACAUUUAUUUGUAUGUACGUACUUUUAUUUGUUUUUUCCCUGUUGUAUUAUCUUCGUAUUUUUCGAUAUUUCCAAUUCUCUGUAUUCCUAUUUCGAUUUCUGUUUAAAAUUAAUCUCGUGUGUCUCGUAAUGAUUUUGAUUUGUGUUCUUCAAACUUUCAACGAAAUCGUAAUAACAACAACAAGAAAAACAAAACUAGACAAAUGAGGGAAACAAAGAUGAUAAAUGAAACAAAAUAAGCGAUACGUACUCCAGUAGAGAAUGAGAAAACAAAAAAAGGGAAACAUCUAGUUUAAUAUUAUGUAAUUUAAACGAAAUUUAUGAAAUACGCUAGUUAUAUACUCAGAGUUUAAAUAAAUUUCAUUUUGUUCAUUUGUAACAAUGAAAAGCUACAGCGUCAGCGUCAAAUAAAACUGAAUGUCAACAAGAAAUAAAAA